AUGGCUGAGAGGAAGAUUUAUUUCAUCAUGUGUUCGGUCUACGAGCAGCAACCCGAGGAAGCUUGGUCUUCCUUAGUGGCCAUGGUAAGGGCAGAGAAGAGUUCAGCUUUGAAUUAUGAAGCUGCUUCAAGGCCUGGGAAAGUAGACAACAAAGCCGAAAUGAGGGGCAAGCAUGAUGCUGUUGGAGUUUUAGGUCUUAUCCCGGAGCAAAAACUUACAGUUGCUUUGCGAAUGCUUGCUUAUGGGGCAUCUGCAGAGCAGGUGGAUGAGAUUGCAAGGAUGAAAAAGUCUACUAUCCUAGAGUGCUUGUGGAAGAACUGUCCUACUACUUGGCAAGGGGAGUACGGGAAUUGGAAGGGUAAAAAAAGUAUAAUUUUGGAGGCCGUAGCUUCAUUCGACUGUUGGGUUUGGCAUGCCUUCAUCGGGGUUGCCGGAUCUCAGAAUAACCUCAAUGUCCUUGGUCAAUCCCCGGUGUUUGACGAGGUAUUGCGAGGUCAUUCCCCUCAGGUCACGUACCAAAUCAACAAUACCGUAUACUCUGGUGCGUACUACCUUGCCGACAAAAUUUAUUCUAGGUGGAAGACAUUCGUGAAAACAAUUCCAAAUCCCCAAUCUGAGAAGGAAAGAAGCUUUGUUUCCUUUCAAGAAGGUUAUAGGAAAGACGUGGAAAAGUGUUUCGGUAUCUUGCAAGCUCGUUGGGCAAUUAUUAGGGGUGCUACUCGGAUGCUAGAUGAGGAGGUGCUGCGGAGUAUUAUGAUGACUUGCAUAAUCCUCCACAACAUGAUUGUCGAGGAUGAGUAUGACUACGAUGCUCCAGAGAUGUUUGAACCCGAUCCUAUGAACACGACGUUGACAAGAAUAUAUGAAAGGCCGAUGGGACCAAAUGGACUACCAAUGGAGCACAAACCGUUACUUCGGGAUGGUCGAUUCAACAACCCCAUGAUUGAUCGUUAUCAAGAAAUGCAAUCUUCAUAUAUUCACAAGAGACGUCAAGUUGACUUGAUCGAGCACUUGUGGGAGAUCAAAGGCAAUCACAAUAGAUGA